GAGAGAGGGAAGCAACCAACCAACCAAGUCGCCCCCACUCCCCCCACCCCCACCCACCCCGGACCUGGUUUACGGCUCCAGGCUCAGGCUCCACUGCGGCCGCUGAUUGGUUGCUGAAGGCUUGGUCCCAUCCCAGUGACCCCAAAGUGCUGGAGGGAGGGGGCAGGGGUGGCCCAGUGCAAAGUGCAUCUCGAAAGCCCCCUGUCCGGAGACCCCACGGCUGGCACUUCGGACCUCGUAUGACCUAGGACCUUGCUGUCCCGAGACCUCCUGGGUCCCUCCGUAGCUGGAAGCCUCCGGCCCGGAGCGCGGCAGCCCCCAGUUCCGAGCCCUGGACCGGGACUGCCCCCCCCCCACCGGAGCCGGGACUUCCUCCCUGCCUCCCUACACCCCUGCCCCGAGGCUGCCCGGCAGCGGGGACCGUCACCUCCAGCCUGCUCGGCUGUUUGGAUGCUCGCCGGGCUGGGGCCGUGAAGCACCAAGGAGGAUCAGGAACACCAGGGUCCGGCCCUGCCUGGGGUAUUUCUUCAAUGGAGAAGUUGGUGAGUGUGGAGGAGGCUAAAAGGAGGAAGAGAAGCAGCAGCUGAGGAGACAGGUUUGAGCUGGCUGAAGAAGACGCGAAAGCAGGAAGGGGUCUACCCACUUACCAGGGAAGCAGAAGGCACAGUGCCUCUGAUCAGCACCGUCUAUAAAGGUCAAGAAGGCUUUUUUACUCUGCAGUCUGGACAUACUUUGAACCCCCUUCCCACGAUGCUGUAUGUGCACGAUGGUUAUUAAGCAAUCCAAACAUCAGGAGAAGGGACACUCUUCUGUAAGGCUGACCCCUGUAACCUAAUGAAUCCUUUGUAAAAAGCGGACUCAGCUAGGAUGUUACACCAUCACUGUCGAAGGAACCCUGAACUCCAGGAAGAGUUGCAGAUCCAGGCUGCCGUGGCUGCUGGGGAUGUCCACACGGUGCGAAAGAUGUUAGAACAAGGCUAUUCUCCAAAUGGCCGAGAUGCUAAUGGCUGGACUCUGCUUCAUUUCUCUGCAGCAAGAGGAAAGGAAAGAUGUGUUCGGGUUUUUCUAGAACACGGAGCUGAUCCCACAGUUAAAGACUUAAUCGGAGGCUUCACGGCUCUUCAUUAUGCAGCCAUGCAUGGCCGGGCUCGCAUCGCACGCUUGAUGUUAGAAUCUGAAUACAGGAGCGACAUCAUUAAUGCAAAAAGCAAUGACGGCUGGACUCCCCUCCAUGUGGCUGCCCACUACGGCAGGGACUCAUUUGUCCGGCUUCUCCUGGAGUUCAAGGCUGAGGUUGACCCACUCAGUGAUAAAGGUACCACACCGCUUCAGCUCGCCAUUAUCCGAGAGAGGUCGAGCUGUGUGAAAAUCCUCCUGGACCACAAUGCCAACAUCGACAUUCAGAAUGGUUUCCUGUUGCGAUAUGCCGUGAUCAAAAGCAAUCACUCUUACUGCCGAAUGUUCCUUCAGAGAGGGGCAGACACAAACUUGGGUCGCUUAGAAGACGGACAGACUCCUUUACACUUAUCUGCCCUUAGGGAUGAUGUGCUGUGUGCACGGAUGUUAUAUAAUUAUGGAGCAGACACGAACACAAGGAACUAUGAAGGACAGACCCCAUUGGCUGUUUCAAUAAGUAUUUCUGGAAGUAGUCGACCGUGUUUGGAUUUCUUGCAAGAAGUCACAAGACAGCCCAGAAACUUGCAGGACCUGUGCCGAAUUAAAAUUCGACAAUGUAUAGGCCUUCAAAACCUAAAGCUACUUGAUGAACUACCAAUUGCCAAGGUCAUGAAAGACUACUUAAAACACAAAUUUGAUGAUAUCUGAUAUGCCAGAACUGUGAGCAAGAUUAGGAGUUAUAUUUCAGAUACUUAAAAGGCUUUUUGCCUUGCACACAGUAUAUCCUAUGCAAUUUCUGAUUUGCUGUGAAAUCAGAAAGCAGGUAUACACUUUUGGGUUUUCUGUUUGUUUGGUUGGUUUUCAUUGUAAGGGAGGGACUUUUUUAUAUAUAUGAAAACACACACCACAUGCUUGAAGGUCUUAAUUGGGUUUCUUGGUCCAAGUUUAAGAGGUCCAAGCUUUGUAUACAAUACUGCAUUUAGAAAAAUGGUUGGUUUUUUUUUUUUUUUUUUUUUUUUUCUUAAAUGACACAAGCAGGUUUGGAGUGGAGAAUGUACCCUUUCCAAAUUUCUGGUUUCCUUGGUAAGCAUGGUAUUCUAACCCAGCAGAGCACUUGCUAACGUUUGGAGGCACAGUUUCACCCAGGGGGGCCCUGGGUUCCUCUGGAAGAUGCCCUAAGAAAUGUUUAAAGUAAUGCUGUCACCUCAUUCAUUUUUAAUGAGUACAAAUUGACUGUUUCGAACUGUUCUUUUUCCUAAUUAAUGUAGCUUUCGGAUGACAUAAGUCCAGUACCUCUGCUUUUCUUUUGGUGUGCUCUUGUUUUUAAUUUAUUAUUUUUAACAGCUGUAGUACACUACCCUGAGACAUUAUGUCUCGAUUUCUAUCUCUAGUUAGAGUUGUGCUUUUAAAAAAAAUUGACAGGAAAGAAAAUAACUUUACGAAGCCAGUGUAUUCUGUUUUUAAAACUGUGCCUGCAGUGCAAUACUCUUUCUGGUGUAUUUUAUCCAUUAUUUCACAGCCAGCUUUGACAGGCCCGUGAGAACAGGAGCCGCCACUUUAAUUUUCAUUGCAGAACCAUAGUAUGUCAGUAGCAAUUUCCAUUUUAAGCUAUGCGUUUUACUUCACUUUAAGCAGAAAAUUUUGUACUCUGGUGGUAGAGUGUUCCCUAAAAAUUGUUAAGUCAUUUGGCUUUAAUGGUUAAAUAAUUUGAGGUGGCUUCAUGGUGUUUCUUUUCUUCCCAGUUAAAAAAAA